GCGAUCGUCCUCCUCUACUCUGCCUUCAUGAGGCUCCAUCUAAAGUACUGUGAAUCCUCUUGUGGUGUCCUGGCCCAUCUCGUGGCUUGGAAGAUCAUGGUGAUCUUACUUCUGUCUCGUCAGCUGAUGGCAGGUCACAGGAACGCUGGCGGGUUGGGUAGUGGGUGGUUGCUGAGAUGAUGGAUCUCUGCUGAAUGAGGCAUCUGGAGGUGGGGGCUCUGGGGCCGGGCCGCUCCGCUCCAGGGCCGGGCCAGGUUUUCAUUUCUUUAUGUACUGCUGUGUUGCUGCAGCUGCCCUUCUGUAUUGUUACUGCUUUUUUUGUUCGUGAAUAUUAAAACGUGUUAUCUCCAUGUUGGUUGUCAUCCUGCUCUCUUUUCUCUGUUUUGCAGGUCAGCUCAUGUUGGAAGUUGGUGGUGUCACUGUAUGAAUGAAGGUCAGUUCAGGAGCAGCUGCUGAUGGAAGGAAUGAAGUCCACGGUAAUGAGCUGAAGCAUCUCCUGGUCAUCUGGUCCAACCUCCCUGCAGUGAACUGGGACCCUACGCUGGGUCAGGCGCUCAGAGCCUGCUCCAGCCUCUCCCUGAAUGCCUCCAAGGAUUGAGCUUCCACCACCUCCCUGGGCAACAUGUGCCACUGCCUCACCGCUCUUGUCAUGAAAGACUUUUUCCUUUAAUGCAAUCUAAAUCUCCCCUCUCUUACUCGGACACUAUUUCCCCUUUCGUUACAACAGUUCCACCAGGGAGGCCAGCUCUGGCACAGUGGGGCACCCUGCCACGGCUUUGGGCAGAGUGGUGGAGAUGCAGCCCAGGGCGAGGAGGGCGAGGCUGAGGAGGAAGAAGCGCAUGCGGUGUGCAGGCGGUGGUCGAGGGCUGCGGCUGUGCUGAUGAGGCCAUUGCCCAGGCCAUUUUGUCCAGAUCUCAAGGCAAGGCCUCUUUAUCCUCAAGGAGGUCUAAACUCCUCCCAGCUUAGCAUCAUCCACAAACUGAUUGAUACAACCAACAGAUCUUUAGUGGAACCAACAGUAAAAACAAGAUAGAGAAAUGGCCUUAAAAUGGAGCCCAGCAGAAUUCAACAGGUUCAUCAGACACACAGGGCAACUGUCAGGACAAAGUCACCGAAUCCUCCAGUGCAGCCAUGUUUUAGUUGUCAAGGGACAUUCUAAGGCAUGCAUAGCCAAGGCUUUAUGAUGCCAUGAGCCACCUCCCUGACAAAAGCUCUAGAUCUGGGAAACCUGGCAACAGAACACCAGCUGUGAUGCAAGGCAGCCAGCCAACAAAGGCACGCACUCAGGGGCCAGAACUCCAGCCAGCCAGCCAGCCAGCGAGCCAGCCAAGGAAGGCAGGCAGGGGCCAGGACUCCAGCCAGUCAGCCAAAGCAGGCAGGCAGAGGCCAUGACUCCAUCCAGCCAGCCAAGACAGGCAAGCAGGAACCAGGACUCCAGCCAGCCAGGUAAGACAGGCAGGCAGGGGCCACAACUACACCCAGCCAACCAAGGCAGGCAGGCAGGGUCCACAGUUCCAGCCAGCCAGCCAAAACAGGCAGGCAGGAGGCAGGACUCCAGGCAGCCAGCCAAGGCAGGUAGGUAAGAAACAUGUCUACAGCCAUCCAGCCAAGGCAGGCAGGCAGGCAGGGGCCAGGACUCCAGCCAGCCAGCCAAGGCAGGCAGGCAUGGACCAUGACCACAGCCAGCCAGCCAAGGCAGGCAAGCAAGGACCACGACUACAGGCAGCCAGACAAGGCAGGCAGGCAGUGGCCAGGACUCCAGCCAGCCAGCCAAGGCAAGGACGGCCACGGUUCCAGCAAGCCAGCCAAGGCAGGCAGGCAGGGGCCACAACCACAGCCAGCCAGCCAAGACAGGCAGGCAGGGUCCACAGUUAGAGCCAGCCAUCCAAGGCAGGCAGGUAGGCAGGAGCCAGGACUCGAGCCAUCCAGCCAAGGCAGGCAGGCAGGGGCUAGGACUGCAGCCAUCCAGCCUAGGCAAGGAUGCAGGAGCCAUGACUCCAGCCAGCUAGCCAAGGCAGGCAGGCAGGGUCCAAGGUUCCAGCCAGCCAGCCAAGGCAGACAGGAAGGCGAGGUCCAUUGUUCCAGCAAGCCAGCCAAGGGAGGCAGGCAGGAGCCAGGACACCAUCCAGUCAGCAAAAGCAGGCAGGCAGAGGCCAUGACUCCAGUCAGCCAGCCAAGGCAGGCAAGCAGGGGCCAGGACUCCAGCCAGCCAGCCAAGGCAGGCAGGCAGGAGCCAGGACUCCAGCCAGCCAGCCAAGGCAGGCAGGCAGGAGCCAGGACUCCAGUCAGCCAGCCAAGGCAGGCAGGCAGGAGCCAGGACUCCAGCCAGCCAGCCAAGGCAGGCAGGCAGGAGCCAGGACUCCAGUCAGCCAGCCAAGGCAGGCAAACAGGGGCCACGGUUCCAGCAAGCCAGCCAAGGCAGGCAGGCAGUGGCCAGGACUCCAGCCAGCAAGCCAAUGCAGGCAGGCAGGCAGGAGCCAGGACUCCAGCUAGCCAGCCAUGGCAGGCAGGCAGGCAGGGGCCAGGACUCCAGCCAGCCAGCCAAGGCAGGCAAGCUAGGACCACGACUACAGGCAGCCAGACAAGGCAGGCAGGCAGUGGCCAGGACUCCAGCCAGCCAGACAUGGCAGGCAAGGAGGGCCACGGUUCCAGCAAGCCAGCCAAGGCAGGCAGGCAGGGGCCACAAGCACAGCCAGCCAGCCAAAAGAGGCAGGCAGGGUCCACAGUUCCAGCCAGCCAACCAAGGCAGGCAGGCAGGAGCCAGGACUCCAGCCAUCCAGCCAAGGCAGGCAGGCAGGGGCCUGGACUGCAGCCUUCCAGCCAAGGCAGUCAUGCAGGAGCCAUGACUCUAGCCAGCUAGCCAAGGCAGGCAGGCAGGGUCCACGGUUCCAGCCAGCCAGCCAAGGCAGGCAGGCAGGCAGGGGCUAGGACUCUAGCGAGCCAGGCAAUGCAGGCAGGCAGGAGCCAGGACUGCAACCAUCCAGCCAAGGAAGGUAUGCAGAAGCCAUGACUCCAGCUAGCUAGCCAAGGUAGGCAGGCAGGGGCCACGGUUCCAGACUGCCAGCAUGCCAAGGCAGGCAGGCAGGGGCCAGGACUCCAGCCAGCCAGCCAAGGCAGACAGGCAGGCAAGGUCCAUUGUUCCAGCAAGCCAGCCAAGGGAGGCAGGCAGCAACCAGCACUCCAUCCAGUCAGCAAAAGCAGGCAGGCAGAGGCCAUGACUCCAUACAGCCAGCCAAGACAGGCAGGCUGGAGCCAGGACUCCAGUCAGCCAGCCAAGGCAGGAAGGCAGGAGCCAGGACUCCACUCAGCUAGCCAAGGCAGGCAGGCAGGAGCCAGGACUCCAGUCAGCAAGCCAAUGUAGGCAGGCAGGAGCCAGGACUCCAGCCAGCCAGCCAAGGCAGGCAGGCAGGAGCCAAGACUCUAGCCACCUAGACAAGGCAGGCAAGCAAGGACCACGACUACAGGCUGCGAGGCAAGGCAGGCAGGCAGUGGCCAGGACUCCCGCCAGCCAGACAUGGCAGGCAAGGAGGGCCACGGUUCCAGCAAGCCAGCCAAGGCAGGCAGGCAGGGGCCACAAGCACAGCCAGCCAGCCAAAAGAGGCAGGCAGGGUCCACAGUUCCAGCUAGCCAGCCAAGGCAGGCAGGCAGGAGCCAGGACUCCAUUCAGCCAGCCAAGGCAGGCCGGCAGGAGUCAGGACUCCAGUCAGCAAGCCAAUGCAGGCAGGCAGGAGCCAGGACUCCAGCCAGCUAGGCAAGGCAGGCAGGCAGGAGUCAGGACUGCAGUCAGCCAGCCAAGGCAGGCAGGCAGGAGCCAGGACUCCAUCCAGCCAGCCAAGACAGGCAAGCAGGAACCAGGACUACAGCCAGCCAGGUAAGACAGGCAGGCAGGGGCCAUGACUACAGCCAGCCAGCCAAGGCAGGCAGGCAGGGGCCACAACUACACCCAGCCAACCAAGGCAGGCAGGCAGGGUCCACAGUUCCAGCCAGGCAGCCAAAACAGGCAGGCAGGAGGUAGGACUCCAGGCAGCCAGCCAAGGCAGGUAGGUAAGAAACAUGUCUACAGCCAUCCAGCCAAGGCAGGCAGGCAGGCAGGGGCCAGGACUCCAGCCAGCCAGCCAAGGCAGGCAGGCAUGGACCAUGACCACAGCCAGCCAGCCAAGGCAGGCAAGCAAGGACCACGACUACAGGCAGCCAGACAAGGCAGGCAGGCAGUGGCCAGGACUCCAGCCAGCCAGCCAAGGCAAGGACGGCCACGGUUCCAGCAAGCCAGCCAAGGCAGGCAGGCAGGGGCCACAACCACAGCCAGCCAGCCAAGACAGGCAGGCAGGGUCCACAGUUCCAGCCAGCCAUCCAAGGCAGGCAGGUAGGCAGGAGCCAGGACUCGAGCCAUCCAGCCAAGGCAGGCAGGCAGGGGCUUGGACUGCAGCCAUCCAGCCUAGGCAAGGAUGCAGGAGCCAUGACUCCAGCCAGCUAGCCAAGGCAGGCAGGCAGGUUCCAAGGUUCCAGCCAGCCAGCCAAGUCAGACAGGAAGGCAAGGUCCAAGUUCCAGCAAGCCAGCCAAGGGAGGAAGGCAGGAGCCAGGACACCAUCCAGUCAGCAAAAGCAGGCAGGCAGAGGCCAUGACUCCAUACAGCCAGCCAAGACAGGCCGGCAGGAGCCAGGACUCCAGUCAGCCAGCCAAGGCAGGCAGGCAGGAGCCAGGACUCCAGUCAGCCAGCCAAGGCAGGCAAACAGGGGCCACGGUUCCAGCAAGCCAGCCAAGGCAGGCAGGCAGUGGCCAGGACUCCAGCCAGCAAGCCAAUGCAGGCAG